UUCCAAUUCAAAGAUUUGAAUUGGUAUCAUUGCGCCCUGUUGCCAAAACGGAUAGCCGCGCUCCCACGACAUCUCGAUUAACGGCCACAGUGUUCACAAGGACCCAUUAUGAGAAAUCCACAUUCAGAACCGCAUUGAUGAGAGACUAAGGCCAUGAGCCAUGCGCUGAGCAUAAAUGUCCGACCCAGCAAGUAGUACGUACCCCUCGCUUUUCAUCAUGGACGCCUGUUUUGCUACCACAUCCUCCGUUCAUCCUACCGCUUCUUCCUUCAGCUCCAACACUAUUAAUGCCGAUGUUCGAUCCCUUUCUCUUAAUCUCAUUGUGCCUCCAAGUUUCUCAUUUCCCCCCAGCAAUGGCGAUUCGACUCAUCCUGCUCCAUCCUCGCCCAAGACAGAGGGUUCGUCCAGUAAUGAUGCGGACAUAGUCAGGGCCUCGGACCUUUCACCCAUGGGUAUAUCAGUUGCUGAAGGACAGCUCACUAUUAUUCAUGACCGUGAUCCUACAGCCGCAUCCAUGAGGUCGUUUGAUUUGCUGGCCCACAUACCCCCAUGUGCCUUCACAACUUACUCUGCGGACGUUUUCCUUCGCAACCGGAAGGGAAGUCUGCAUGCACAAGAGGCCAAACUCGUCACUGUCAAGCGCUUCGUAAAGAAAAAUGGUACACGGCAUCGUUGUCUAGUACUACUGACUCGAGAUGGAAUCAGCCUUCGGGUGGACCGUCAUCGAGAUCACACCCUUUCGCUGCCUCGAUUCAUUCUGCGCCUUGGAAAUUCCGACGCAACGGAUACGGUGACCAUGUCUCGGGACACCCAUCUGCUCACCGACCGAAGGUUAAAGGAGGAAGCAACACUAGAGCUAUCACUACAGGUUUCACUCCUCGACUUUAUGAGGAUUCUUGAGGUUGUGUUGGACGAAUGCAAUUCAUAUAGUCUAUUCGGGGAAAACUGCUGGCAAAGCAACCCAUCCACGUUUCGCUGGAAAAACGCGUGCUAGAAUUUGGAACAGGCUUAGGCUUGGGGAGAAUGUCUAGCUAAGGAAAGAACUUGUUCAAUGACUGUGUCUACCUGUA